AUGGCCGACCCGGCGGAGUGCACCAUUAAAGUGAUGUGCCGUUUUAGGCCUCUCAACAGCUCCGAGGUGACCAGAGGAGACCGGUACAUUCCCAAGUUCCAAGGGGAAGACACGGUUAUUAUCUCGAGCAAGCCGUAUAUGUUUGACCGAGUCUUUCAGUCCAGCACGACACAGGAGCAAGUGUACAAUGCCUGCGCCCAAAAGAUUGUCAAAGAUGUUCUUGAGGGAUACAACGGGACGAUUUUUGCCUACGGCCAAACGUCCUCUGGGAAAACACACACCAUGGAGGGGAAUCUCCAUGACACAGACGCUAUGGGCAUCAUCCCCAGGAUAGUGCAAGACAUCUUCAAUUACAUCUACUCAAUGGACGAGAACCUGGAGUUUCAUAUCAAAGUUUCCUAUUUUGAAAUUUACUUAGACAAGAUCCGGGACCUGUUGGAUGUGUCAAAGACAAACCUGUCAGUGCACGAAGACAAAAACAGAGUACCCUAUGUGAAGGGUUGCACCGAGCGCUUUGUCUGCAGUCCAGACGAGGUCAUGGACACUAUCGAUGAAGGCAAAUCCAACAGACAUGUAGCAGUCACAAACAUGAAUGAGCACAGCUCCAGGAGUCACAGCAUCUUCCUGAUCAAUGUCAAGCAAGAGAACACCCAAACAGAGCAGAAGCUGAGUGGGAAAUUGUACCUGGUGGAUCUGGCCGGUAGUGAAAAGGUCAGCAAAACGGGAGCGGAGGGAGCUGUACUAGACGAAGCCAAGAACAUCAACAAGUCUCUGUCAUCCCUCGGCAACGUCAUCUCUGCUCUGGCAGAAGGAACAGCCUACAUCCCGUACCGAGACAGCAAGAUGACACGUAUUCUUCAGGACUCACUGGGUGGCAACUGUCGCACCACAAUUGUCAUCUGUUGCUCGCCUUCCUCAUACAACGAGGCUGAAACCAAAUCUACCCUCAUGUUUGGACAAAGAGCAAAGACCAUCAAGAACACAGUGACAGUGAACAUAGAGCUUACAGCAGAGCAGUGGAAGCAAAAGUACGAGCGGGAGAAAGAGAAGAACAAGACCCUAAGGAAUACCGUCACCUGGUUGGAGAAUGAGCUCAAUCGCUGGAGGAAUGGUGAGAGCGUGCCAGUGGAGGAGCAGUUUGACAAAGAGAAGGCCAAUGCUGAGGUGCUGGCCCUCGACAACAUCCUGAAUGACAAGCCAGCGUCCACGCCCAACGUGCCCGGCGUUCGUCUCACUGACGUAGAGAAGGACAAAUGUGAGGCCGAGCUAUCCAAGCUCUACAAGCAGCUGGACGACAAGGAUGAAGAGAUCAACCAGCAGAGCCAGCUGGCUGAGAAACUGAAGCAGCAGAUGCUGGACCAGGAGGAGCUGCUGGUAUCCUCACGACGUGACCACGAGAACCUACAGGCCGAGCUCAACCGCCUGCAGUCGGAGAACGAGGCCUCCAAGGAGGAGGUCAAGGAGGUGCUGCAGGCUCUGGAGGAACUGGCCGUCAACUACGACCAAAAGAGCCAAGAGGUGGAAGACAAGACCAAGGAGUUCGAGGUCAUCAGUGAGGAACUCAGCCAGAAAUCGUCCAUCCUGUCGUCUUUGGACUCUGAGCUACAAAAGCUGAAGGAAAUGUCCAACCACCAGAGGAAGAGGAUGACAGAAAUGAUGUCAUCACUUCUCAAAGACCUUGCAGAAAUCGGCAUCGCUGUGGGCAGCAACGACAUAAAGCAGCACGAGGGUGGCAGCGGUUUGAUCGACGAGGAGUUCACAGUCGCCCGUCUGUACAUCAGCAAGAUGAAGUCAGAGGUGAAGAGCAUGGUGAAGCGCUGCAAGCAGCUGGAGGGCACUCAGUCUGAGAGCAACAAAAAGAUAGACGAGAACGAGAAGGAGCUGGCCGCCUGCCAGCUGCGGAUCUCACAGCACGAGGCUAAGAUCAAGUCCCUGACGGAGUACCUGCAGAACAUUGAGCACAAGAAAAGACAGCUGGAGGAGAAUGUGGACUCGCUCAAUGAAGAGUUAGUCAAACUCAGUGCUCAAGAGAAAGUACAUGCCAUGGAGAAGGAGAACGAGAUCCAAACCGCCAACGAAGUCAAGGAAGCCGUGGAGAAGCAGAUCCACUCUCACCGCGAGGCUCACCAAAAACAGAUCAGCAGCCUGAGGGAUGAGCUGGACAACAAGGAGAAGCUCAUCACCGAGCUGCAGGACUUGAACCAGAAGAUCAUGCUUGAGCAGGAGAGGCUGCGAGUGGAGCAUGAAAAGCUCAAGUCUACCGACCAGGACAAGAGCCGCAAGCUGCAUGAACUCACGGUGAUGCAGGACAGGCGGGAGCAGGCCAGACAGGACUUGAAAGGUCUGGAGGAGACAGUGGCUAAGGAGCUGCAGACCCUGCACAAUCUGAGGAAGCUUUUUGUCCAGGACUUGGCCACACGAGUGAAAAAGAGUGCCGAAAUGGACUCUGACGACACUGGGGGCAGCGCUGCCCAAAAGCAGAAAAUAUCCUUUCUUGAGAACAAUCUUGAGCAGCUCACCAAGGUUCACAAACAGCUGGUUCGUGACAAUGCAGACCUUAGGUGUGAGCUUCCGAAACUGGAAAAGCGCCUUCGUGCUACAGCUGAGCGGGUCAAGGCGCUGGAGUCUGCACUGAAGGAGGCCAAGGAGAACGCCGCACGUGACCGCAAGCGCUACCAGCAGGAGGUGGACCGCAUCAAGGAGGCCGUUAGGGCCAAGAACAUGGCCAGGCGGGGACAUUCGGCACAAAUCGCCAAGCCGAUCAGGCCCGGGCAGCAGCCGGUGGCGUCACCCACGCACCCCAACAUCAACCGCAGCGGGGGAGGUUUCUACCAGAACAGCCAAACUGUGGCCAUCAGAGGCGGCGGCGGCACUCCCAAAACAGACAAGAAGUACGCCCAGCGAGCUAAAUCAAGCAGGAAAGACGAAGGAUGA